AUGUCGUCGUCUAUCGAGUCUCAUAGCGGCAGAAAAGGGGUUUCUGCAGAAGUGGCCGAAAUUUCCUCGAACGAAGAUGUGGACGUUGCUCUCAACUAUCUCAGGAAGGCACAGGCGGAAGAUGUAGUGUUGAGCGACAAACUCACGGACGACAGCACAAGAGAGGGCGAGUCUAACGAAAAUCGCACUUAUUUCGGAACCCAUACGCUCGAACCCCGUGUGCUGCGCAAGGUCGACUGCUAUAUCCUGCCGUUCCUGUGUCUCACGUAUCUGUUCAUGUUCCUGGACAAGGUGCUGCUCAACUACGCAGCAUCCAUGGGCAUCAAAAAACACCUCAAGGGAAACGAGUUUUCGAACCUGGGCACGAUUUUCUCGGCCGCGUACAUCUUUGCUGAGCCCUUCGUCACGUUCUGCAUCCAACGCUGGCCAGUAUCGAAGGUGAUGGGCACUCUCAUCACGCUCUGGGGUAUCGUUUUGGCCUGCCACUCCGCCUGCAAGUCGUAUGCCUCCCUCAUGGUCGUCAGAACGCUGCUGGGUAUGUUCGAGUCAAGCAGUGCAGUCGGUUGCAUUGCCAUUAGCGGAAUGUACUACACGAAAUCGGAACAAUCGGCCCGGAUCGGUUUUUGGGCCACCCAGGCAGGCACAGGCUACAUUGUCGGUGGUCUUAUCUCGUUCGGUUUCCUCCACUACAGCGGGACGGCUUUCACAUCUUGGCAAAUUAUGUUUUUGGUGGUCGGGCUUGUCACAGUGGCUUUUGGCAUCGCGACGUUCUUGUACCUACCAGACAACGUAACAAACGCCUGGUUUUUGACCGAAACCGAAAAGGUUGAGGUCCUGCGUCACAUUAGGGCCAACCAAACAGGCCAUGAGAACAAAAAGUUCAAAGUCUCGCAGAUCAAAGAGUUGUUCCUGCACGACAAAUUCACCUACCCUAUGCUUCUGAUUACUGCGUGCUCUCAGAUCUCUACGGGCGCCAUUGGCACCUUUUCCGUUACGAUCACGCAGACCUUUGGCUUCGAUAAAUAUCAAUCUGCCCUGUUACAGCUGCCUAUUGGUACCAUUACUGCGAUCAUCAUUCUUGUCACUACACAAAUGUUGGCGCGUUUCGGACAAUUCACUUUGAUCACUACUUCCAUGUAUAUUCCGGCCAUCAUUGGCUGCGUUGUGAUGCUUGCUCUACCACUGUCCCACAAAAUUGGAAAUCUGUUUGCACUGUACCUGCUCUACAGCGGAUCCUGUGUCAUUACCAACAUAUACAUCUGGAACUCGUGUAACACCUCGGGCUACUCGAAGCGAGUUUUCCGGAAUGCUGCGACAAUGAUUGUUUACAGCGUAGCCUGCAUUGUGGCCCCACAGAUGUUUAGAGCCAGCUCCUACCCUCGCUAUGUUCCUGCUAAGAUUGCCUUGCUGGUAACCCAAGCUGUGUGUGUCCCACUGCAACUCUACGUCGGCUGGCUAUGUCGGAAAGAGAAUCGUGCAAGAGAAAUAGAGCAAGAGGGCCAAGAAAAAACUGAAUAUCAAUUUUUGGAUUAUACUGACAUUGAAAACAGGAGUUUCAGAUACUUCUACUAG